AUUCCUCCGUAGUAUCAACGCAGCUACCAAGUUCCCAAUCCCAAUCCUCACCCAUUUUCGAUCACUGAAGCGAAGCGAAGAGAAGAAAAUCCGAAUCUGAAUCAUGUCGUGGCAAGCAUACGUCGAUGACCACCUUCUCUGCGAAAUUGAAGGCAACCGCCUCACCUCCGCCGCUAUCCUCGGCCAAGACGGCACCGUUUGGGCUCAGAGCUCCAACUUCCCUCAGUUCAAGCCUGAGGAAAUCUCUGCGAUCAUGAAUGAUUUUGAUGAGCCUGGAUCGCUUGCUCCAACUGGAUUGCAUCUCGGUGGCACCAAAUAUAUGGUUAUCCAAGGCGAGCCUGGCGCCGUCAUUCGAGGGAAGAAGGGUCCUGGUGGUGCUACUGUCAAGAAGACCAAUCUGGCCUUGAUCAUUGGCAUUUAUGACGAACCAAUGAGUCCAGGUCAAUGCAACAUCAUAGUUGAAAGGCUUGGUGAUUAUCUCAUUGAACAGGGUCUCUAAUCCUCGAUCUCUAUGUCUUGUUAUGGUGCAUAUUUCAUUGGCUUCUGUACAAGUUUUUGCAUCGACCUCGAAUGGAAUGCUUGAUUGCAGUGUAAUAAUAUUGUUGGGUAUCAAAAGUGACGGCAUGUGCGUGUUGCGAAGAAAGUGUUUUGGUUCUUGAGAAAUGAUGACUAUAAUUCUCUGUCGUUGGACUUUUUUAGUGGGGUACCUGUAUACAUUACAGUGGUUUUAAAUUUUAAUGUUAUGGUAUAAUGGUUCUCACAUUUAUCAGAAGUCGGCAGAUUCUUAUCUAGCUGGCAGAUAUGCCUUUAUAUUUA